AUGGAAGUUUUCCCCUUGCUGUUGGUUUUGUCGCUCUGGGGGUCUCGAACCUGGGACGCGGCGACUGCGGAUUCGAUCAUUCACAUCGGAGCAAUUUUUGAUGAAUCUGCCAAAAAGGAUGAUGAGGUGUUUCGCACAGCAGUUGGUGACCUCAACCAGAAUGAGGAGAUCUUACAGACUGAAAAAAUCACAUUUUCAGUGACAUUUGUGGAUGGCAACAACCCUUUUCAAGCAGUUCAAGAAGCCUGUGAACUUAUGAAUCAAGGCAUCUUGGCCCUGGUCAGCUCCAUUGGCUGCACAUCAGCAGGGUCCCUCCAGUCUCUGGCCGAUGCCAUGCAUAUUCCUCAUCUCUUCAUUCAGCGCUCAACAGCUGGGACCCCAAGAAGUGGUUGUGGACUCACCAGGAGCAACAGGAAUGAUGACUACACCCUGUCAGUCCGCCCUCCUGUCUACUUGAAUGAUGUUAUCCUAAGAGUGGUCACAGAAUAUGCCUGGCAGAAAUUCAUCAUAUUCUACGACAGUGAAUAUGAUAUCCGUGGCAUACAAGAGUUUUUGGACAAAGUAUCUCAGCAGGGGAUGGAUGUUGCACUUCAGAAGGUAGAAAACAACAUCAACAAAAUGAUCACCACUCUCUUUGAUACCAUGAGAAUAGAAGAACUGAAUCGCUAUCGAGACACUCUCCGGAGGGCCAUCCUUGUUAUGAAUCCUGCCACAGCCAAGUCAUUCAUUACUGAGGUUGUGGAGACUAAUUUGGUUGCUUUUGACUGUCACUGGAUCAUUAUAAAUGAGGAAAUAAAUGAUAUGGAUGUACAAGAACUUGUCAGAAGGUCAAUCGGAAGGUUAACAAUUAUUCGGCAGACAUUCCCCGUCCCCCAGAAUAUAAGUCAGCGAUGUUUCCGUGGCAACCAUCGGAUAUCUUCCACACUGUGUGAUCCAAAGGACCCGUUUGCUCAGAACAUGGAGAUUUCAAACCUUUACAUAUAUGACACGGUGCUGCUGCUUGCUAACGCUUUUCAUAAGAAGCUAGAGGACCGAAAAUGGCACAGCAUGGCAAGUUUAUCCUGUAUCAGAAAGAACUCGAAGCCCUGGCAGGGAGGGCGCUCCAUGCUGGAAACCAUUAAGAAGGGUGGAGUUAAUGGGUUGACUGGAGAACUAGAAUUUGGAGAAAAUGGAGGAAAUCCCAACGUCCACUUUGAAAUUCUUGGAACCAACUAUGGAGAAGAGCUUGGCAGAGGUGUUCGCAAACUUGGAUGCUGGAAUCCUGUCACAGGCCUGAAUGGAUCACUGACUGACAAAAAACUGGAGAAUAACAUGCGUGGUGUGGUUCUGCGAGUGGUGACUGUUCUGGAAGAACCUUUCGUAAUGGUCUCUGAAAAUGUCUUGGGCAAGCCGAAGAAAUAUCAGGGCUUCUCCAUUGAUGUUUUGGAUGCCUUAUCUAACUACCUGGGUUUUAACUAUGAAAUAUAUGUUGCACCGGAUCACAAGUAUGGAAGCCCACAAGAAGAUGGGACAUGGAAUGGCUUGGUUGGAGAGCUAGUCUUUAAGAGAGCCGACAUUGGGAUUUCUGCUUUAACCAUCACCCCAGAUCGGGAGAAUGUGGUGGACUUUACCACACGUUACAUGGACUACUCGGUGGGGGUACUACUUCGAAGAGCUGAAAAGACAGUGGACAUGUUUGCCUGUCUUGCGCCCUUUGAUCUCUCUCUAUGGGCCUGCAUUGCUGGCACGGUCCUUCUGGUGGGUCUGUUGGUCUACCUGUUGAACUGGCUUAAUCCCCCACGAUUACAAAUGGGAUCAAUGACAUCUACUACUCUCUACAACUCCAUGUGGUUUGUGUAUGGAUCCUUUGUACAGCAAGGUGGGGAGGUCCCUUACACCACGCUGGCUACCCGGAUGAUGAUGGGGGCUUGGUGGCUAUUUGCUUUGAUUGUCAUUUCAUCUUACACAGCAAACCUUGCUGCUUUCCUCACUAUCACUCGCAUUGAAAGCUCCAUCCAGUCUCUCCAGGACCUUUCCAAGCAGACAGACAUCCCGUAUGGCACAGUGCUGGACUCGGCCGUGUACGAGCAGGUGCGCAUGAAGGGACUGAACCCUUUCGAGAGGGACAACAUGUAUUCCCAGAUGUGGCGGAUGAUCAACCGAAGCAACGGCACCGAGAACAAUGUUCUGGAGUCCCCGGCAGGCAUUCAGAAGGUAAAACAUGGAAACUAUGCUUUUGUAUGGGAUGCAGCUGUAUUGGAAUAUGUGGCUAUCAAUGAUCCAGAAUGUUCCUUUUACACUGUUGGGAAUACCGUGGCUGAUCGAGGAUAUGGAAUCGCAUUACAACACGGCAGUCCUUACCGUGAUGUUUUUUCACAAAGGAUCCUGGAGCUCCAGCAGAAUGGUGACAUGGACAUCCUGAAGCACAAAUGGUGGCCCAAGAACGGCCAGUGUGACCUGUACUCCUCAGUGGACACAAAGCAGAAAGGUGGCGCCCUGGACAUCAGGAGCUUUGCAGGCGUCUUUUGUAUCCUGGCCGCUGGCAUCGUCCUCUCCUGCCUCAUUGCCAUGCUGGAGACGUGGUGGAACAAGAGGAAAGGCUCCCGGGUCCCUUCUAAAGAGGAUGACAAGGAGAUUGACCUGGAGCAUCUCCAUAGGCGUGUAAAUAGCUUGUGCACAGAUGACGACAGCCCCCAUAAACAGUUUUCCACCUCGUCAAUUGACUUGACCCCUCUGGACAUUGACACUUUGCCAACACGACAAGCACUGGAGCAAAUCAGUGAUUUCAGGAACACUCACAUCACCACAACAACCUUUAUCCCAGAGCAGAUCCAGACUCUUAGCCGCACACUGUCAGCUAAAGCUGCCUCCGGUUUCGCUUUUGGCAACGUGCCUGAGCACCGAACUGGCCCUUUUAGGCACAGGGCACCGAACGGGGGCUUUUUCAGGAGUCCGAUAAAAACAAUGUCAUCUAUUCCUUAUCAGCCGACUCCUACCCUGGGGCUCAAUCUGGGCAAUGAUCCAGACCGAGGCACCUCCAUAUGA